GGGGGGGCUGAAGGAAGUGUCCUGAGGAGAGGGGAAAUCCGGGCGACGAGCCCCUCCGCCCCCUGACCCAACCUUGGAUAGUUGAUGUGUUCAGAAGUCUGACAAAGUCAUUCUUGGGCAAUUUGAAUUUUAAUUCAACGUUUGUCCUUGUGGGUUAAGAAAUUUGUUCAAAAAGUAUGGAAAUGUUGAACAAAUACAUACAUUUUGGAGGACGGAAUGUCUUUGAAGCGUGUUUCUGUUCAGUUCUACGUUUGAGUGACAGUAGAAUAUGUGUAAGCCAUUGAAAGGAAUGUAAAUGUCAAGGAGAAAGUUCAAAUGUCACCGUAACCCCAUAAGUUGGGUUUAUUUAGGAAGCGUGUCACCGAGUUGUGCUUUUUCUCGCCAAGAAACGUCGUCUGUACGACGAGCACCAACUCGCUUUCCUGUCUUGACCGGUUUUGACCAGCAGGCGUCAGCACAGCAGCAGAAAUCUGCACCGGGCGGGCCAGGCCCGCUGCGGCGGCGUCGCCCCCUGCUGGAGCACUCGCACGGUCCCCUCUGCUGUGACGCUUUCGAAUCCCCGCCUUCCGACGCGUCGCCUCCGGAAGCCGGAAAGACCUCGCCGAGGCCCUCGCGGUCCGACCCGGAUUGAUGGCGGCCCGCAAACCCUUCAGUGAGAGUGCGAUGUGCUGGAUGUCCCGUAGCCACACCCUCUCGCUACUGCUGUGCGUCCUCAGCCUGACUCCGGCGGCUUCGGGGGCGCGUCCGGAGACGCUGUGCGGGGCGGAGCUGGUCGACACGCUGCAGUUUGUGUGCGGAGAGAGGGGCUUUUAUUUCAGUAAGCCGACGGGCUACGGGCCCAACGCCCGCCGGUCGCGGGGCAUCGUGGACGAGUGCUGCUUCCAGAGCUGCGAGCUGCGGCGGCUGGAGAUGUACUGCGCGCCCGCCAAGACCAGCAAGGCCGCGCGCUCGGUGCGCGCCCAGCGCCACACGGACGCGCCGCGGGCCGCCAAGGUCGGCGGGGGCGGGGGCGGGGCGGCCCACAAGGGCGACAAGGCCUCGGACCGACGGGUGGCCGCGCAGACGGACAAGACAAAAAAUAAGAAGAGACCUUCAGCCGGACACAGUCACUCUGCCUUUAAGGAUGUGCAUCCCAAAAACUCAAGCCGAGGCAGCACCGCGGGCCGAAACUACCGAAUGUAGGCGAGGGGCCUACAUUCCCGCCCCCACCCCCCACCCCCCCUCCGCCGAAAGCGCGACGGUAACGUCACGAAAGGAUGGCGGGCAGCAAAACUACCGCAGAAGUUGUCAUUGUUUCCUACACUGCGCCACCGUUCCAUGUCGGGAUCAAUUCUCUGUAAACCAAACGGACGCUAGUUUAGCUGCUAGCGCACCGGCGAACAAGUGGACUCGAACCAAUUCAAAAUUUCCUGCCAUUUUACCCAUCACGCAUCGCUGAGGUUUUCUUUUCUUUGAACAAAACCCCCAACAGACCGAGGUGGCUCAUAGUCGGAUAUUUAACGCAGAUUUUCAGGUCCAAACCUUGACGACAGACCAUUAGAGCAGGUGUUCUCAAACUUUUAGGGGCCAGGGACCCUCCAUACCGGGGGGGUGAAGUUGCCUGAUUUGGAGGGGGAAAAGUCACAAUUUUUAAAGGUCACAUAAAUUACCAAACCGACUUGUUUGUAUUGGCUCGACUGGGCCUCGGUAAAUGUGAAAUAUGAAUUCGAAUCGUCCACGUAUGCCUCAGUUCCAAACGAUUUUUUUUUUUGUUGCUGAUAAGUCUGAAAUGGUUGGUUGUUGGAAUUUCUCUAGCAAAGAUCUCCGCUCCCGACGACAAACGGGGUGUCCUACGCGGAGGUGGCCAAUCGGAAUAGAGCGGGCGAUCUGAGCCGUAUAUGGACAAAGUGGAUACAAAACUGGGUCAAGCGGUCAUUGUCGACAACAGUGGCAAGUUGUUGUUUGAAAAGAAACGGACACUUGUACGCCAAGUCCAGGUCAGUCCGCGGAGGUCGAAAUAGCCCAAAUGUGGGAUCUUCAGAAAUAUCAUUGAAUCGUAAUUUUUUUUUUUUUUUUUAUCAUUAUUUAUUAGCGAGAAAAAGUUCUGCUUUUGAGAAACUUUCCCCCUUUUGUCAGGAAAAUGUUUUUCCAGCCUACGGCGACAUUUCAUUGCACUUCAAGAUUUUGAAAAGUGAAACGAGUGGAAAUAAACAACAACAAGGAUGUUUUUUUUUUUUCUUAGAUUAAAGUAUUAUUUUCUAAGGUAAAGUCACAAGGUUAUGGUAUUAAAGAGAGAAUGUCGUAUUUUAUCAACGGAAUUUUUAAAAAGACUUAUUUCUAUUAAUAUUACACCUUUUAUCUGGAUUUAUUUUCUUAAAAGUAGGACUAUAUUCUAUUCAAAAAAAAAAAAAAAACUUCUGCAAAAAUAGGACACUUUAUGUAAUAAUGCGCCUUUUUGUUUAUGAUUACGCGUCAGAAUCGAGAUAUACCAACCAAUAUAUGUAGCUAUGCACUUUUUAAAAUGACACAACAUUAUAUAUUGCUUUUGUUUUGUUUUUUUUUUUUUUUGUCCGGGCACCCCAGUUUGAGAACCGCUGCAUUCCCGACCAGAUUGCACUCGCGUCUCCCUCGUUGCCGUUUAAAAUAAAACAAAAGAACGAAAAUCAGACGGUGUGCAACGCAGCAGCCGACGUGAAAUGUUCUCCUUUUUCACGGCGCCGGUGGGAAAUGGGUCGCCCGCGGAUUCCGAGCGCAAAAAGCAGAAGGCAAGCGCGCCGAAUUGGAUUCGCGUCAACAGUCCGGUCGGGCCCGGAAGUCGGCGGCCGAGGCCGCGUGGGCCGAAUGAAUGAUUUGUGUCGGGUCCGACACACAUGUACACGCACGCACGCACGCACGCACGCACAUACACACAAACUCAUCAUUUUCAUGGACAUUGGCUCCGCCUGCGUAUAAUCCUCAACACGUAUGUUAUUAUCUAUGCAUUACUAUUUCCUAUAAGAACAAGUGUCCACUGUAUAAUGGUGCUACUUUGUGACGACGGACAGGUGGAUGAUGGGUGGGGUGGGGUCGGGUG